AUUUAUGAUCAAUGAAGAGCUGAUAAACAAAGGACUGAUCGAUGGCGAACAACAACAUCUAAUUUUUGAAUCCAAUACAGUCCCUACAAAAUUCAUUUUCUGUUCAAAAUGUUGCCCCAAAGUCUCUGGCUCUUAGUCCUUUCGUACCUGUCUAGCAUUGAAGCCCGAUCCUCACCACAACUACGGGGUGUGGCUUUCUCAAAUGGUACUUUCACAAAUGCGUCGCUCUCGGUCGUAUCGAGUUCGAUUGGGUCUGUUUCAUCAGCAGUACCAAUAUCGACACAGACAGCAACAGCGACUUCAAUUUCAACCUCAGAUACUGGAAAAAGUACAAACUCGAGUAUCGCGUCGCAAAUUUCUGCUAGCAAAAUUUUGAAAUCUUCAGCACCAACGGAAAGUCCCAAAACAACAAGGACGUUGAGAAAUGAAACAGUACAAACGCAUGCGCCUUGUUGCUUUGUGAUUCAGGAUACCAUUAGUGAAGAAUGGUGGCAAAGAACUAGCUAUAUCUCUGCAACAAAUCUCGUCAACUUGACUUCGUACACAACGUACAUCACCGAACGUCCUGGUAUCACAGCAACCCGGGUAGAGACAAAUGUCUAUCUUACAAACGCUUCAUUCGCUUUCACCUUUUUGGUGGGGAAGGAUCCCAUUUCGAAUCUUAUUAAUUCGGCCCCCACUCCAGUGGAAGCUACCCAGGUCUUGAAUGCAACUCAAAUAGUAACAGGCGGCAUUACAAUGCAAUCUCCGUCUGCAUUCUAUGUAUAUAACACGGUAAAAAUCAUCACAGCAGCACCUGUGACAGACGCAAGAGGACAUGUAUACUGCGCAACAGCAUCAACAGGUGCACACGGUGAUGUAUUCCGCCACAUAAAUUCAAACGCGGAAGCAUAUUUCGGCGGCCUCGGAAUUGUUGGACAGAGCUAUGCACCCAUAUCAACAAGCGUCACCACCGAGACAGACACAUACACUGAACUCUAUCCCAUAACUUCUGUAGUUACCGAAACGAACACAUGGUCUGAGGUUUUUGUAUCCACGCAGUAUACCAACUCAGCCGGGAGCGUUGUGGUAGAGACUUCAACCCCGACUGGUGUUGUGAUCUCACUCGUGACGCCCUUCAUCUAUGCGCCUAAACGAGGGACAACCACUCCUGGUCCUUUCGCACAUUGUAUUCAAGACGCCGACACUGAAGCAUACGGCUACGUUCCCAAGACUCUAAUCGAUUUCCUCGCCUCAGAUCCACAAUACAGCUCCCAGUACCCUGGACUUGAAUCCUGCUAUGGUGGCGGACCAUCCAUAAUCCAGGCUCCCAUGUGCUAUGUUCCGUUUGAAACAACAACAUUCCAAACUGCCGGUGGAGAUAUAACCAGCGCGACAACUAUCUAUUGGUGAUGUUUCCGUGAUGAGCCUUCCCACGACGACUGCUCCGCCAUUGACCGCUCCUCCCGGUGGUCAGAC